AUGGCUCAAGCGGUUGAAGAAUGGUACAAGCAGAUGCCCGUUAUCACGCGCUCAUAUCUCACCGCUGCAGUUGUCACCACCAUCGGAUGCUCCCUUGAUAUAAUUUCUCCUUAUCAUUUGUACUUGAACCCUAGAUUGGUGGUGAAGCAAUAUCAGUUUUGGCGUCUGGUUACGAAUUUCUUAUACUUCCGUAAAAUGGACUUGGAUUUCCUGUUUCAUAUGUUUUUUCUUGCACGUUACUGCAAGCUUCUCGAAGAGAACUCGUUCAGAGGGAGGACUGCUGAUUUCUUUUACAUGCUUUUAUUUGGUGCCACUGUAUUGACUGGAAUUGUUCUUCUUGGGGGGAUGAUACCUUAUUUAUCAGAGUCGUUCGCAAAAAUAAUAUUCCUUAGCAACUCAUUGACAUUUAUGAUGGUUUACGUGUGGAGCAAACAGAAUCCCUUUAUUCAUAUGAGCUUCCUGGGCCUGUUUACUUUCACUGCUGCCUACCUUCCAUGGGUUCUGUUGGGUUUCUCUGUACUCGUUGGUGCUAGUGCUUGGGUGGAUCUACUGGGAAUGAUAGCUGGUCAUGCAUAUUACUUUCUUGAAGAUGUUUAUCCUCGGAUGACUGGUCGCAGGCCACUAAAAACACCAUCAUUCAUCAAAGCACUAUUUGCAGACGACCCUGUUGUUGUGGCACGGCCUGCCAAUGUCAGAUUUGCCCCCCUUCCAGUUGAUGAUCGUCACCAAGAUUGA